AUGGGGACGGCGGCGGGGCUGGCUCUGGCGGCCGUGCUGGCCGCGUUCGUGCUGUGCGGGCCCGGGGCGCUCGCCGGGCGCGUCCUCAGCGGUCAAAAGGUGUGCUAUGGUGCCUUCAAGCGUUCAUGUUACAAGUUAGCCUAUUUCCAGGACUUGUCUAGACGCGUGGGCUUUCAGGAGGCCCGCCAAGCUUGUGAGAUGGAUGGUGGGGCUUUACUGAGCUUGGAAAGCGAAGCUGAGCAGCAACUGAUAGAAAACAUGUUACAGAACCUCACUAAGUCAGGCUCUGGGAUUUCUGAUGGUGAUUUCUGGAUCGGGCUCUGGAGGAGUGGCGACGGACUGGCCACGUCAAGUGUUUGCCCCGACCUCUACCAGUGGGCUGAUGGAAGUAUUUCACCCUUCAGAAAUUGGUAUACAGAUGAGCCUUCCUGUGGAAGUGAAGCCUGUGUGGUGAUGUAUCAUCAGCCAACUGCAAACCCUGGUCUGGGAGGGCCAUACCUUUAUCAGUGGAAUGAUGAUAGAUGCAACAUGAAGCACAAUUUUAUCUGCAAAUAUGCCCCAGAUUAUGUCUUAGAAAAAGAAUUAGGAGACAGAGCAGAGCCAGAUUACGAUACUAUUCCAACAGUCCCAGCAGGAAAUCCUUAUGACACAAGCAAACCAGAAGAUCAGUAUCACAUUAUUGCUACUGAAACAGGUAUAAUUCCGAAUCUAAUUUAUGUUGUAAUACCUACUAUACCACUACUGCUGUUGAUACUGGUGGCUUUUGGGACUUGCUGUUUCCAGAUGCUUCAUAAAAGUAAAGGAAGAACAAAAACCAGUCCAAACCAGUCCACACUAUGGAUUUCAAAGACGCCUAGGAAGGACAGUAGCAUGGAGGUAUAAUGAUUUACUGACUGAAAAGAAGGCAAAAAUAACAUUUUGCAGUGAGGCUGUAUUUAUAAUGUCGUCAAAGAACGUUAGCUUGGAAUGGCUUGAAAAUGCAAAGGAUCUACAAGAAUGAACUGUAAGCUCCCCCUUGAGGCAAAUGUUCAGAUCAUUUUUAUAUAACGUUUAUUAAUUCAGUAACAAAAUAUGCCAUGCUAAAUAAAGGGUAUGUGUUUAUUUUGCUAAGAGAUGUGUUUAGCUAGUUGUGAGCAAUGAAAUGAACGGAGCGUUUGAAGUUUUUAUGGGGAAAUAUCCACAAUGUAUAUUGGUUUUAAGACUGUUUGUAGUUAAACAAACCCUCUUUGUUUUCUUUAGUCUCUCAUGCAUUGUAACCUAGUUGAUGUACUGUAAAUGGAACUGACAAUUUUACAGUGUAACAAUUAUUUAUCUUUGCAUAAAAGUUUGAUAC